AUGAUUGGAUUUCAAAUACCUCUUCCUUUCAAAAAAUUUCUAUUUUCCAUUUUUCUAGUGACAUACAUGUUUACAAUUUCAGGAAAUGUUCUAAUAAUAAUGCUUUCAUCUGUAUCUCAACAACUCAACAAACCUAUGUACUUUUUCUUAAGCAACUUAUCGGUAUGUGAAAUACUCUUGACCACCAAUAUUGUGCCUAAUAUGUUAUGUUUACUAAUGGUUGAUGGAGUAAUCAUCUCUGUAUCAGAAUGUUUUCUUCAGUUUUACAUGUUUGGAACUUCUGCCACAACAGAAUGCUUUCUUCUUGCUGUCAUGUCCUAUGACCGCUACUUAGCCAUCUGUAGCCCAUUGCAUUAUACCUCUAUCAUGAAUGAAAGACUUUGUGUUACACUUGCAGUUAUUGUUUGGACAACUGGUUUUAUGGCUACAGUAGGGACAAUUAUAAUGAUGAGCAGUUUGCAGUUUUGCAAGACUAAUGGCAUUGACCAUUUCUUUUGUGAUCGGGAGCCCAUCCUAAGUCUUUCUUGCUCAGACACGUCUGAAAUUAAAGUAGAAGCCCUUGUUUUUUCAUUUUGCAUUACCCUCUGGCCUUUUAUAAUUAUUGUCUGGUCUUACAUUUCUAUUCUUCGUACUAUAUUAAAAAUGAUCACAAGCAAAGAAAGAUAUAAAACCUUUUCAACCUGCAGUUCUCAUUUAAUAGUAGUCAGCAUGUACUAUGGAACUUUAAUAAUAAUGUAUGUGGUGCCUUCUAAUAAUCAGUCAUUUAAUGUGAACAAACUGUUGUCAUUAGAUAAAGUUGUGUCUGUUGUUUAUUCUGUUGUGACUCCCUUAUUAAACCCUAUGAUAUACUCUCUGAGGAACAAGAAGUUUCAAACAGCAGUUUUCAGUUCAGUGCUGAGAUGGUCCAUUCAGUCCUAA